AUGGCAGAUCAUCUAACCUACGACAUUAUUGUCAUUAUUCUCUCAAAUUUACCAGUGAAAUCCCUCUUACGAUUCAAGUGUGUUUCUAAGUCGUGGUGCUGUUGGAUUUCAAAUCCAAAUUUCCAGCGUCGGAAGCAGGGACAAGAAGGGGCCAUCACGAUGUUGUAUAAAAGUUCAACGUCGAGAAAGAGCUCUAGACGGCCCUCCUUCAGCUUCAUGAACAAACAACUCACUUCAGAAAAUCUCAGUUGUCCUUUAAGGAAAAGGCGUGGCAUUAAAUAUUGUACACUUUUGGGUUCUUGUCACGGUCUUAUACUUUUUAAUGUAAACAAGCAUAUUUACUUGUGGAAUCCUGCCACUCGAUUUUGCACCAAAGUUCUUGAGCUUUACCACUACAGAUGGGAUAAUCUUGUUACGCGUGGAGGACUUUGUUUUGACUCCUCCAAGAAUGAUUACAAGGCUGUGAUGUUUAUAUACGAUGGGGGUCCCUCAGAGUGGGAUCAGUUUGUUGCAAUUGCUAGUCUUAAAGGCAAAAAAUGGAGGCAACUCAAAUUCGCUUAUGAUAUCAUUUCAGUCCGUGAUGGGAUUACAUUGCAUGGACGUCUUCACUACAGGGUAAGGGACAAAAAAUCCGUUCCACAUGAAAGUACUGGGGACCGUUUUCAUCAUGACAAAGUAAUAUAUUUUGAUCCCAUCUCUGAAAAGUUCCAUAUGUUGCCCAUCCCUGAGCCUGAUCAAGAAGAGAAAGAGAAUAUUGUCGCUGGUUUAGGAGUUUUAAAUGAAUGUCUUUGCAUGACUCGUUUGAAACAUGAUGGGGGUCUUGAGAUAUUGGUCAUGAAGGAAUAUGGAAUUAAGGAACCAUGGAAAUCCUUAUUUUUCAUAAAGAAAUUAGAAAUAUAUCAUUAUGGGUUUGGGUUUGUAGCGCCUUUUUCCGUGACAGAGAAUGGAAAAUUUGCUUUGAUAAUAGAUCAAAUUGAACGUAGAGUUGCUAUAUACAAUCCGAAGAAUGAUAAUAUGUGA